AUGAAACGACCAUCUUUUCUUCCAUCAUGUCAGUUUGUUUCCCUUUCUCUCUCUCUCUCUCUCUCUCUCUUUCUAUUAUUUUGCCUUUUAUCUAUACCUAACUUUCCAAUCACUGAAGUUCUUUCCUUUUCAGUCUCUCUCUUUCUUUAUUUCUUUCACUCUCUCUCUCUCUCACUUUUGUUUUCUUUCUUCCCUUAUGAUAUAUAUAUAUAUGUAUGUAUAUAUAUAUCUUUAUUUUCCAUUCUCCCUUUCUUUCUCCUCCUCUCUCUUUCUUUUCUCUCUCUCUCUCUUCCCUUCCCCUCUAUUUUUCUUUCUAUCUCUCUUUUCCUCUCUCUCCUUCUUUCUUUAUUUCACACUCUCCCUUUCUUUUUCUUUUUUCUUCUUUCUUUCUUUCUUUCUUUCUUUUCGUUAAUAUAUAUAUUUAUUCUUGUUUGCCUCUCAUUUUUUUUCCCACAUUUUUCUUUCCUUUUACCUUUUUUUCAGUUUUUCUCUUUCUGUCUUUGUGCUUUCGUUUUUACUUCCUUUUUUUUUUUCUCGUUCACCAUUCUUUCUUUCUUAUUUCUGCCUCUCUCUCUCUCUCUCUUUCUGUCUCUCUUUCUCAUUUUAUUAUUCUAUGCUUUACCUUCUCUAUACCUAACUCCCACAGUCUCCUAUGAUCCUCCUUUCUUUCUUUCUUUUGCUGUUUUUGUCUUUCUGUCUCUCUUUCUCAUUUUAUUAUUCUAUGCUUUACCUUCUCUAUACCUAACUCCCACAGUCUCCUAUGAUCCUCCUUUCUUUCUUUCUUUUGCUGUUUUUGUCUUUCUGUCUCUCUUUCUCAUUUUAUUAUUCUAUGCUUUACCUUCUCUAUACCUAACUCCCACAGUCUCCUAUGAUCCUCCUUUCUUUCUUUCUUUUGCUGUUUUUUGUCUUUCUGUCUCUCUUUCUCAUUUUAUUAUUCUAUGCUUUACCUUCUCUAUACCCCUAACUCCCACAGUCUCCUAUGAUCCUCCUUUCUUUCUUUCUUUUGCUGUUUUUGUCUUUCUGUCUCUCUUUCUCAUUUUAUUAUUCUAUGCUUUACCUUCUCUAUACCUAACUCCCACAGUCUCCUAUGAUCCUCCUUUCUUUCUUUCUUUUGCUGUUUUUGUCUUUCUGUCUCUCUUUCUCCCUCUUUCUCUGUCUGUCACUCUUUCUCACUCUCUCCCCACUAUUUUCCUCCCCUUCUCUUUUUCUCUUUCUUUCUUUGUUUCUUUCUCUUUCUUUCCCUCUUUUUCUUUCUUUCUUUCUUUCUUUCUUUCUUUCUUUCUUUCUUUCUUUCUUUCUUCUGCUUGUCAUUAUCUCUUUUGUUUAAUAUACAAAUUUAUCAGGUUUUCUUCUCAUUUUUCAUACAUUUUUUUUCUUUUAUCUUCUCUUAUCUUUAAAAUAUUUUGUGCUUUCUAUCUUUCUCUCUCUCUUUCUCUUUCUGUCUCUUUCUGUCUCUCUCGUUUUCUCUCUUUCUCUUUCUUUCUUUCUUUCUCUUUUUCAUUUUGUCUCCAUUUCAUCUAUCUUUUUUCCUUUCCUUCUCUACUUUCUAUUUGUUCUCCCUUCCUUUCCUUUUUCUUUUGCUCCCUCUUUCUCCCAUUUAUUUUUGCUGUUUUCUUUUUCUCUUCUUUUUUUCUCUCUUUUCCUUCUAUCUGUUUUUUUCCUCUUAACUUUUUUCUAUUUUCUUCAUUUUUUUCUUUUGUCCUUCUCUUUCAAACAUUUCCUUCUUUACUCUUAUUUUCUUUCAUGUUAUUCUCAACAAUAUCACAAAAUUUUUUCUUCAUCUGCUUUCUUUUCUCUGCUUCAUACCUUCUUUUUCUUUUUCUUUUUCAGCCUCAUUUCUUCUUUUUCUCUUUUUCAUUUAUCCUUUCUAUCUAUCUCUACUUUUUUCUCAUAUUCUUUCAUUGCUGUUCUUCUAUAAUUUUUCUCUUUGUUCUCUUUCAUACUUCCUUCUUUGCCUUCCUUUUUCAUUUACACUUCUUUUUCCUUUUAUUCUUGCUGUUAUCAUUUUCUCUCCUCUUUUUCUUUUAUAUGUUCUUUUCUUUUAACUUUUUACUAUUUUUUUCAGUUUUUUCAUCUUUUCUCUUUUCAAGCAAUAUCUUCAUUUCUCUUGUUUUCUUCCAUUCUUUCUUUUUCUGGCUUAAUUCCUUCUCUCUCUCUCUCUCUCUCUCUCUCUCUCUCUUUCCUAUGCUUUUGCUUUUGCUUUCCUUCUUUCUUUUUUUAUUUCUCUGCAAAUUCUGCUCUCUCUCCCUCUCUCAUUUCACCUUCCUCUUCCUUUUUUGUCUCUAUUUUCUUCCACACUCAUUUACUCUCCUUUUUAUUACCCUCUCUUUUAAUAAUUUGCCUUUCUUUUUUUACUUUCCAUAUCCCCCCCCAUCACCUUGUAUAUCUUGUUCUAUCCUUGUGUUUACAUUCUAA